ACCCGCAGUGUAGCAUUAUUUAAACACGGCAUGCAGUUUAUGCACCUCACUGUUAGAUAAGAAAUGAUUUUGUCUCAAUGUUAAAAUUCAUUUUUUUUUCAUAUCUGAUAAAUACUAAACGAAAACUAUGUGUUGAUAGUGAAUUUUAAAAUAAUGAAUACAUUACGUCUAAGAAUAUAUAUGUGUUUGUGUUUAUUUAGUUUCUUGGCAUUGAUACUGUUUAAAAAUCCUGCAUGGAAAUUAUUUAAAUUUACUCGAGACAAUAGACAUGCUGUUGAUAGGACAAGUUUUGAUCUACGUAUAAUUGUACUAGUAUAUGACAGAGCUAAGUCUCUUCAACGACUUCUGAACUCUUUAAAUGAAGCGGAAUAUGCCUCCGAUAUUAUCAAACUCGAGAUUUGGAUUGACAGGUCAGAAGAUGGAAGCGUUGAUAAGAUCACUUUGCAAGCGGCAAUUAACUUUAAUUACCUGCAUGGCGAUUGUGAGGUCAUUGUCCAUCAGCACCAUGUGGGUAUCGUAGGACAAUGGCUUACCACUUGGAAGCCGAAUAUAACCAGCAACGAAAUUGUUGUUUUUCUCGAAGAUGACGUUACUGUUUCAAAAUAUUUCUGGAAAUAUUUGAGAAUGGUCCAUCGGAAAUAUGAUAAUCGUUCAGACAUAAAUGGAUUUGCGUUGCAAGGUUACUCGAGAACAUUUAGUUUAGAACACAAUAUUACAACGUUACGUGGACCGGAAGAUUAUACAGUAUUUCAUUUUCCUGUCCUUGGUUCAUGGGGAUUUUCACCAAGUACAAAAAACUGGAAGCAAUUUUUGGACUGGUUUUAUUCUGAGGAUAAAUCUUCGUUUAAGCCUUAUGUUCCUGGAAAUAUAGCAUCGGAUUGGUAUGAAAUUCUUUCCAGUGGAGGAAAGGCAAAUACAAUGUGGACAAUGUGGCAUAUUUACUACGCCUGGAAAAAUAAUGAAUAUACCUUGCAUUGCAAUUUUCCCGAGAACGCAGGCCUGACAACAAACUGGAGAGAAAAGGGUUUACACUAUUCACAAACGGAAGGAUCAUCUAACAAGCUCCUAACGGAAUGGAAAUCAGAGUAUAACAAUCUUCCUGACCACGUCCCAUACCUUAAUCUAUCUGGACAUGUUAUUCACUAUUAAGUUGGUAUCGUUUAUAUUUCCUGAGUAUAAAAGAAAAAAAUCAAUUCCACAUUGUACUUUUUUUUUGUUUUUUUUUUGUUUGUUAUUGUUAUUGUUGUUGUUGUUGUGUGCUUGUGCGUGUGCGUGUGCGUGUGUGUGUGUGUGCGUGUGGUAAAACAUUCACAACAAAUCUUUAUUAUACUCGAAGUAACAAAGUACCGUCAAAAUAUUGCACAUUGUUGAAAUAAUCAUAAAAAACCUACUCAGCCUGUUAUCAAUUAACUUUUUUCAUGUUGUAAAUUGAAUAAUGUAUUAUUGCUUAAGAAUUAUGUUUAAUAUUCUAAAAUCUUACAUAGUACUAUUCAUAAACUGUCAGUCUGUUUCAUCUUCAUGUUGUUUCUUUAGUAAUGCUUGAUAAUUAAUAGUUAUUUACAUUCUCUUGAAACCUUGACAAUUAAAAGUCACAAAGAACAACAUUAGGCUCUUGUGUAGUAUCUAAAAUAGAUAUAAAGAAAUAACCUGUCUAUAAAUUAUAAGUGAAUGUAUUUGUGCGGCCGUAUUUAAUCUAAAAUGUGUAAAAAUAUGUAUUGGCAGUUGAUUAAACGAUGGUAUUGUUUCAUCCUGUCAAGAUUUUCAUAUUUUCAUGAAAAUGUUUCAAAACUGCCAAAUAUACCUUUGGUAUUGUUUAAAUAUUUUUCAGAAAGUGUAGAACUUAUCUGUCAUCGGAUAUUUACUUUACCAGAUUCAUGUGCAUUAUUCACGAACACCCUUAAGAAUAGAGUUCAAAAUUGUUAUUUUGAAUGGAUGGUAACUUUCAAAAUCAAUAACCAGGCAUGAAUGUGCUCAAUUAAUCCGAGCCUGUAAACAUUUUCAAAUUUUCGUUUUGGACGUUCUUUAAGAAUUUCCUUUUUUGUUCUAGUUUAAUAUCUUUAUUGAUAAAAUGAGCAUGGCACAUCAAGAUUAAAUUACAAGCAGUCUAAUACAUUUGUAUUUUAUCAUAGUUUGGGGACCUUUCUGUUGAGAAUGUGUUAAAUCGUAUACAUAUACAUGCACAGUGGUUUGCUUGGGUUUACGUAUUGUGACAGGCGAGGAAAGGAAAGCGAUAGAAAUGUCAUUUUCAGAUUUUUCUUAAUUUAAUUUAAAUUUUUGUUGUAUGUUUUGCGAAAUCAUGGUGAAAUGACGUGUUAAAUUGUUUUUAUCUAUUGUCAUGGUGAUGUAUCAUGUUCAAUUUUUAAAGGCACAUUUUGUUUAAAAUUGAAUAAAUUUUUAUUACAUCUUUUGAGAAGGCAGAUAUGAUGUUUAUAUCGUUUAAAUAAUGGUUUAAGAUUUUAUCAGUUGUUUUUUUUUACCUUAAAAAAGAAACACUUAUGUAGAAUUAGUUGUCACUCUAAUGCUACAUAAUUGUUUCCAAUGUUUGCAGAAUAUUUUCUCUAUGGUAAGAUUUCGAUAGAAAUGCAUGUUUGCAGUACACAAAUUUCUGCAAGCAUAUAUAAAAAAGUACAAUAGCUACAUUGAAAAAAUAUGUUCUUUCGGAAUUAGCAAAUAUUUGCCUCGAACAUUGUAUAUGUUCAAUACUCGUAUUCUAAAAUUGAAAGAUGCAUGUAUAACGAAAAUAGAUGUUAAAGUUAUGAGCGCUGAUAUAUCCUGUUAACCAAUGUAUGUUUACAUAACAGAUAAUAAAGUGUAUGAGUCAGAUAUCUUACAAAAACCAACAACAUGCAUAUAAAAUUAUUUCGUGUUAUCAUAUGACUGAUAAAAAUUGUGAUUAAAAGCGUUGGGACUUCAAUUAUGGCAUAUCUUUUAAAAUCUUUCAAAGUAUUUCAAAUAUUGAUAAUAAAACAAUAGAAAUAUAUCAUUAUAGAUGACAAAAAUGUCAUUCACUAUUAGUCAUGCCAUUAUUCUAAUUUUGCAAUUAUUUUGUCCUACUCAAAGAAACAAUGUAGGCUUCUUAUAACUAACAUGAUUAAAGUAUUCUGAUUCUUAUGUUAGAUUUCUUGAUAACAGAAUGUUGAUAGAGAUCUAUAUUGAUGAAGUAUGAACAUGUUUAUGAGGAAUAUAAAUUUUUUUUAAACGCUUUAAUAUCUUGGGGUAGUACAUCAUUUAGAUUAAUUGGUAUUAACUUUCACAUUUAGAAAAAGUGAUAACAUUGAAUUACUAUAUCAAAAAUAUAUCCAGUGUUGGAAAAGAAGGGCUUUAACACCUAUUGCUAGAAUAACCGUUGUAAAGUCAGACCGCAGGGUAUUGGUACGCGUUUAACUUUUGAGCCAUGGAGGAGCACGUGACCUGUGCUCGGUACAUGGAGGAGCAUGUGAUCUGUAAACCGUACAUGAUUGGUUUAUUGACCUUUUCGAAAACCUAGCUAAAUACCGUUGUCGGUACGUUACGGAUUUACCUGUAGGGAAUUAGUCCGAAUUACACCUAUUAAGAACAAAAAACUAUUAUGUGAUAUUUCUUAUUUUCUAUAAUUAUUUUAACUUAAAUGAUGUGUUUGAAAAUUAUCAAUAUUUCUUUAAUAUCUAUCUCAAAUUUUACAAACAAUAAAUUGUUUAUACUGAAAAUCUACAAAAUUAAAAUAUUCGUAGUGGCAUCUGCCAUAAUAAAUAGAGAUAUUUUCUGCGUAAACUUGUGUGUUUACUUUAUUUAUAUUUUUGCUCGGAAUUAUUCAUAAAAUGGUAGGCCUAUUUAAUCAUUUUCUUAAAAAGAAAUAAUUGUUUUACGUUCGACCUUCUCCGGUCUUCAACGGUCACCAGUUUCCAAAGACCUUCUUCUAAAUUGAUCGUUUAUUUAAUUGUCAACUGUAUUCCUGAUACAAACGUUUAUUUACCCCCCCCCCCCCAAUAAUAAUAAUAAUAAUGUUGAAAAUAGUUAAAUGAAAUAUCCUUACAUCAUUAAAAUGUUCACCGCAGGAAACCAUUUUACUUGUAAACUAACUUGUCUAUGUCACUUCCAAAUCCUAAUUCUCAGAUGUUAAAGGAAAUACAUGAUAUGAUUUAUGAUUUUAUGUUUCAAGGUCCACCAAAGAUUAACUCUUCUGUAUUGGUGAAGGAAUAUGUAAAUGGUGGUCUAAAAUAAUUGAUGUAUGUGCUUACACGAAAAGUUUAAAACUUUCAUGGUUAAGAAGAAUUGUAUCAUCUUAAUCUGAUUAAUGUUACACUGUUUUAGAUAACUUUUUAGAUAUUAAGAAGCUGUUUAAUUGUGGAAAUUAUAUACAGCACAUAUAUAUAAUAUUUUGAAAAUUCAUUUUGGAAACUUAAGAUGUUUAGGUGCUUAUGUAGAAUUGUAGAAAAAAUUCUAUGGAGAUGUUGUUAGAAAUGCCUCUGUUCUAUAACCAAUAUAUUUUGAUUGAUAGAAAACAUAGUUUCAUAAAAACAUGGUAUGAUAAAGGUAUAAGAUUUAUCAAAGAUAUUAUGAAUGUGAAUGGUACUUUCCUUGAAAGGAAUGAAUUGGAAGCAAGAUUAGGUAUUAAAGUAAACUUCAUUUACUAUGAAUUAAGUACCAGUGCUGUCAAGAAAUACAGAAGUAUAUUAAGUUUAAAGUUAUGUGAUAAUUAUGAAAUUGCUCCCUUUUCUCUCAUAAUAUGCUGCUAUCUAAAGCCUAUACUACUUACAACUUUCUAUACGACAUUUACAAUGUAUAAAUAAAUUAGAAAUGUGUCAUCAUGCCACGGAUGCCCCCGCAUGCAGCCAAAAUUUUAGAUGUUAUAAUAUUUUGUUCCAAAUUUGUUUGCACAAAUUAUUUUUUUCAUUUGCAGUUCAAAACCCUUAAAACUUUUCAAUGUUAACACAAACCAUUUUCAUACAAUGUUCAAAGCACUGAAAUUAUUUAGUCUUAACCUUUUGAAAAUAGCAUAUAUCAUAUUUGUAGCCAACAUAAUGUAAGUAUGAGUGCUGAAACUAAAAGUUCAAACUAUUUUCCAACAUUCAAGAAAGAUUAGUUUGUCCAAAAUCAUUGAACAACGACCAAAUUCAAACUUUCCACAAAAGAAGGAGUGCUGAAACUGAAAGUUCAAAAUUUUUCCAACAUUCAAGAAAGAUAAGUUUGUCCAAAAUCAUUUAACCACGACCAAAUUCAAACUUAAACUGCUUA